AUGGGAGCUGCUGGUAGUGGCUGGUCCAGUGCGGCCAUCAAACUUGUUCCGGUCCCAGCUCGGAGGACUUAUGUCUGGCUUGCCAUUAUCUGGGCCUCAUACUGUGGUGGCCUUCACGCCUUCAACGCUGCCAAUACCUCAGGAACCAUGAGAUUCAAGCCACUCAUACGGGACUUUGGCUGGGCAAUCCUCUCCUCGGAGGAAGUUGGGAGGCGUGGUCUCUGCCAUGCUUUUGAUAAGCACACACACUUACUCCACACAUAUUACCAGACCCUGCAGAUUGCUUUUCUUUUCCUUUUGUCAACAAUGAUCAAGGUUACGAGCGUGUUGAUGUAUUACUUCGGCCGGCUUCCGCUGCUGCUGAUCGGCUUGUCUAUGAACACAGUCUACUUCCUCUACCUGGCCCUGUAUCGGGAAAUGGCAGAUAUGUCUGCGGCCAACUCCUUAUCCACAGCCAGGAUGGCCAUCAUCGCCAUCUGUAUCUUUAUUAUCAGCUACAGCUUCAGCUGGAAUUUGUUGAAGUUCGCCAUUACCUAUAGAUUCCUGAGUAUGACGGAGCACAUGCAUGCAUGCGGUCCUCUUGCUCUCUUCAUAGCCUUCACCGGCUGUGUCACGAUGUGGUCGCUCCUCGCCUUGCCCGAAUACAAGGGAUGCAGUAUGGAGAGCGCGGAGGUACUGUUCUCGUUGCCUUGGUAUAUGAUUGGAUUUGUCAAGGUUCGGGCGGCAGAGACCGUGGCCGAUAUGGAGAAGGAAGCGGAAAGCCACCAUGAUGAUUAUAUUGUUGCGGGCUCUCCAAGAACGCGCUAG